UGCUCUCCCGACAAAAGGGCUGAAGAGCAGCCGUGGCCGUUUCGGUCCCGAGAGGUCGACAGGACAGUCGGAAACACCGGCGAUGUGUGCAUGCAUCCUCCACCAAGGCAGAUCUUUCUUUGAGUGGAGCUCCGCUGUCACUGGAUUACCUUUAUCCUUGCUGUUUCCGAGGAAGCUUCCAGCUGCAAAUCCACCCACAUGAAUCUACCAGACAGUAAAGAAGACGGAGCACUUCCUACCAAGAGUGCCUACCCCUGUUGAGUGAAGCCCUAUCCUCGUUUCCUUCAUCUCCAGCCAACCUGCGGUGGUACCAUGCCUCUGCCCAGGCCAGGUGGACCUCUUGUCCAGUCCAGGAGGCUUGUCCCGGGGCAUCACCUUAGCCCGUCUCCGCCUCGUCUACUGCUGCCUUUGGUUCUCCUGUUAACCGUCGCUUUAAGCAACGUGUCUGAAGCCCUAGCUCCUCCAAAGUUCACCAAGAUUCCCAGCGACCAGAUCGGGGUGUCAGGGGGUGUGGCAUCAUUUGUGUGCCAGGCCACCGGCGAUCCCAAGCCUGUAGUCAACUGGAACAAGAAGGGCAAGAAGGUCAACUCCCAGCGCAUCGAGACCAUUGAGUUCGACGAGGGAGCCGGGGCUGUGCUGAGGAUCCAACCUCUCAGAGCACCCCGAGAUGAGAACAUCUACGAGUGUGUGGCACGCAACAGCGAGGGAGAGGUGGCCGUCACUGCAAAGCUGGCCAUCAUCAGAGAGGACCUGCUGCCGUUCGGCUUCCCCAGCAUAGACAUGGGUCCCCAGCUGAAGGUGGUGGAGCGAACGAGGACGGCCACAAUGCUGUGUGCUGCCAGCGGCAUCCCGGACCCAGAGAUUUCCUGGUUCAAAGACUUCCUGCCCGUUGACCCCAGUACCAGCCAGGGCCGCAUCAAACAGCUCCGCUCAGGAGCGUUGCAGAUAGAGAACAGCGAGGAGACAGACCAAGGGAAGUAUGAGUGUGUGGCCACCAACUCUCAAGGUGUGCGCUACUCUUCCCCUGCCAACCUAUAUGUGCGAGAGCUUCGAGAAGUACGCCGUGUGCCCCCUCGUUUCUCCAUCCUCCCCUCCAACCAUGAGAUCAUGCCGGGAGGGAGUGUCAACAUCACCUGUGUGGCAGUGGGUUCGCCCAUGCCCUAUGUCAAGUGGAUGCUGGGCAACGAGGACCUGACCCCCGAGGACGAAAUGCCAGUAGGCCGGAAUGUUCUGGAGCUCAACGGCGUACGGGAGUCGGCAAACUACACCUGUGUGGCCAUGAGCAGCCUGGGCAUCAUCGAGGCCACCGCUCAGGUCUCCGUCAAGACUUUGCCAAAGCCUCCUGGCACACCCAUCGUCACAGAGACCACAGCCACCAGUGUGACCAUCACCUGGGACUCCGGCAACCCCGACCCUGUCUCCUACUACAUCAUCCAGUACCGCGCCAAAGCCCCUGACAGCAAAUACGAGACGGUGGACGGCAUCACCACCACGCGCUACAGCAUCGGGGGGCUUUACCCCAACACCGAAUAUGAAAUCCGAGUGUCAGCCUUCAACAGCAUCGGCCAGGGGCCCCCAUCUAUGCGUGUGGAGGCCCGCACCGGAGAGCAGGCGCCAGCCAGCCCACCCCGAAAUGUCCAGGCCCGGAUCAUUUCCCAGAACACCGUGAUGGUCCGCUGGGAGGAGCCAGAAGAACCCAAUGGACAGGUGAAGGGCUAUCGCGUGUACUACACCAUGGACCCGUCCCGGCCUGUCAAUGAGUGGCAGAUCCAUAAUGUCCAGGACAGUGUGAUCACCACCAUUCAGAACUUGGUGCCCUCGGAGACUUACACCGUCCAGGUCCUCGCCUUCACCUCUGUAGGGGACGGACCUUUCUCUGACCCUGUCCACGUCAAAGUCAUGCCUGGAGUCCCAGGCCAACCAGGAAAGUUUAAAGUUGGCAGGGUGACAGACACCAGCAUCGAGCUGACCUGGGAGCCCGCGUACACCAAGGAGGGCAUCGUCAACUAUGAGCUUCUUUACAAGCCUGUCAAGUUUGGCAGUUUGGAGAAGCUGACCUUCGGGCCAAGGAAUUCUUACACAGUGGAGGGUCUGAAAGCUAAUACCGAGUACUCCUUCUCCCUGGCCGCCAUCUCGAACAAAGGCAUCGGAGCUUUCACCAAUGAGCUGGUGCAGAGGACGUCGCAAGCCAACGUGCCAAGGAACUUCUCGGUCAAUCUGGCCACUAAGACCAGCGUUCUUCUGACCUGGGAGUUUCCAGAGAGCACCUACCCAUAUCGUUUCACUGUGGAGUACAAUCGGCAGAAGAUGGAGGUGGAUGCUCGUCUGAGGAAAGCGGUCAUCCCCAACCUGCAGCCCGACACCAGCUAUGAUUUCAAGAUCACCUCACCCGAGGGCAACAUGGGGGGCCUUCGCCACCGCAUCCACGCCAAAACCUCCCCACCAAUCACCAUCCGCCGCCCUGAGAUUGACCACACCCGUGACACGGAAACCACCGUCACCAUAAUCUUGCCCUCGCUGGAAGGCCGCACUCCUGUCAAGAAUGUCUACGUUGUGGUUGUUCCACUGAGGAGGACCCGAGGCCUAAUCAGAGGCCUCAAGAGCCCAGAUGAAAUGGACCUAGAGGAGCUGUUAAAAGACAUCAGUCAAAGGCAGAGGGAUUCUCGGCAGCAGAAGCAGGUGGACCUGCGCAGGGCUUACAUCACAGCCCGUUUCACACCUGCCACCCUACCAGCCUUCUUCACCCUGGGGGACCAGCUGGACUACGGCGGCUUUGAGAACCGAGCUCUUGAGCCAGGGCAGGAGUACGUCUUCUUCAUCCUGGCUGAGCUCAACGCCACAACUGGGAAGAUGUACGUUGCCAGCCCCUACACCGACCCAGUGAUUGCCCCAGAUUCAGACCCCCAGCCCCUUGACGCAGGUGACGGUCUGAUCUGGGUGGUGGGUCCUGUCCUGGCUGUGGUUUUCAUCAUCUGCAUCGUCAUCGCAAUCCUCCUUUACAAAAACAAGCGCAAAGACUCUGAACCUGGAACCAAGAGUCUUUUGAGUAAUGCAGAGAUGAUGGCCCACCACCCCACAGACCCUGUGGAGAUGAGACGCAUCAACUUCCAGACCCCUGGAAUGAUGAGCCAUCCUCCCAUCCCCAUCAACGAGCUGGCCGAACACACUGAGCUGCUGAAAGCUAAUGACAACCUGAGACUGUCCCAAGAGUAUGAGUCCAUCGACCCUGGUCAGCAGUUCACCUGGGAGCAUUCAAACCUGGAGGUCAACAAACCCAAGAACCGCUACGCUAACGUCAUCGCCUACGACCACACCAGAGUCAUCUUGGCUCCCAUAGAAGGUAUCCUGGGCAGCGACUACAUCAAUGCCAACUACAUUGACGGCUACAGAAAGCAGAACGCCUACAUCGCUACCCAGGGUCCGCUGGCAGAGACAUUCGGGGAUUUCUGGAGGAUGGUGUGGGAGCAGCGAGCCGCCUCCGUCGUCAUGAUGACGCGCCUGGAGGAGAAGUCACGGAUAAAGUGUGACCAGUACUGGCCGAGCCGAGGGACAGAGACCUAUGGGAUGAUCCAGGUCUCCUUGUUGGAUACGAUGGAACUGGCCACCUUCUGUGUUCGCACCUUUUCCCUGCAUAAGAGUGGCAGCAGUGAGCGGAGAGAGGUUCGCCAGUUCCAGUUCACAGCCUGGCCGGAUCACGGUGUGCCAGAGUACCCCACCCCCUUCCUGAACUUCCUCCGCAGGGUCAAAGCGUGCAACCCUCCAGAUGCUGGACCCAUCAUCGCUCACUGCAGCGCUGGUGUCGGCCGCACUGGCUGCUUCAUUGUCAUCGAUGCCAUGCUGGAGCGCAUUAGACACGAACGCACUGUGGACAUCUACGGCCACGUGACCCUGAUGCGCUCACAGCGGAACUACAUGGUGCAGACGGAGGACCAGUACAGCUUCAUCCACGAGGCCCUGCUGGAGGCUGUGGCCUGCGGGAACACGGAGGUGGCCGCCAGGAGCCUGUACUCCUACAUGCAGAAGCUGGGCCAGGUGGAGAGCGGGGAGCACGUCAGUGGCAUGGAGCUGGAGUUCAAGCGUCUGGCCAACACCAAAGCCCAUACAUCCCGGUUUGUUACGGCCAACCUGCCUUGCAACAAAUUCAAGAACCGACUAGUCAACAUAAUGCCCUACGAAACCACUCGAGUCUGUCUCCAGCCAAUUAGAGGCCUGGAGGGCUCUGAUUAUGUCAAUGCCAGUUACAUCGAUGGAUACAGGCAGCAGAGAGGCUACAUCGCCACCCAGGGUCCACUAGCUGAGACUACAGAGGACUUCUGGAGGAUGCUGUGGGAACACAACUCUACUAUAGUCGUUAUGCUCACAAAGCUGAGAGAAAUGGGACGGGAGAAAUGCCACCAGUAUUGGCCUGCUGAGCGCUCAGCCAGGUACCAGUACUUUGUGGUCGACCCCAUGGCUGAGUACAACAUGCCCCAGUACAUCCUUCGCGAGUUCAAAGUCACGGAUGCCAGGGAUGGCCAAUCACGGACAGUGCGUCAGUUCCAGUUCACCGAUUGGCCAGAGCAAGGAGUGCCCAAGUCCGGGGAGGGCUUCAUCGAUUUCAUUGGCCAAGUGCACAAAACCAAGGAGCAGUUUGGCCAGGAUGGACCAAUCAGCGUUCACUGCAGUGCUGGUGUGGGGCGGACCGGUGUCUUCAUCACCCUGAGUAUUGUGCUGGAGAGGAUGCGCUACGAGGGGGCUGUGGACAUCUUCCAGACUGUCAAAAUGCUGCGGACACAGAGGCCAGCCAUGGUGCAGACAGAGGACGAGUACCAGUUCUGCUACCAGGCUGCUCUGGAGUACCUGGGUAGCUUUGACCACUAUGCAACGUAAGUGAAGAGAGAACCAUCCAUCCAUCCUUCUGCUCUGAGGUCCACAAACAAACCAGAGAACAAAAGAAAGACAGUCUUAAGUAACAAGAACAUCAAACCCCUCUGGGCGCAAAGAUUCGAAGAUGAACUUGACGCCAACAAAGGACAAAAAGCAACAACAAAACAGCAACAAGAACUCUUAUGUCCAAGAGCACCCACACUCGUCAGGACGCUGCCUGAAGAGCUGGUGGGUGUGAAGACUAUCCAUGUGUAAUCCAUAUACUUACCUCAGUGUUCCAGUGUGAAGGACGUAUAAUACAUGUGUGUUGUGGUCAGCUAUCUCCAAUAAGAACCAGUGAAAAACAAACUGCUUCUGAACAGGAAUUAUGAUACUAUAUGUGUAUAAAAAUAACAAAAACAAAAACAAAAAAAAGAAAAGAAAAAAAAAAAGACACAAAGAGCCUGGAUAUUUGCUGCACCCGAAAUGGGCUUUUUAUCCUCAACUUUGUAUCUAUUGGUUUGGUGUACUAAGGGGUUACAAAGUGCAAAGGUGAACAUUUCUAUGUAUCUGUGAGUCUGUUUCAGAGGUGUCUACUGCUGCCACAGGUAGUUCUGAUCAUAGAUUAAAGCAGAUGACUAGAUUACGCCUCAGCAGAGGCCUAUGGACUAACUUGCCACCCUGGGGACUGUUGGAGAAGCAUGUCGAUGCUUAUUUACCCUACGCACAGUGCCAAGAGAGGCCAUGCUAUUCUGUUCUGGGGCAGACUGAACAUGGACUAAGUUAGAGAUGGGUCUAUCUAUUGUCCAGCUUACAUAAAUACAAGUCAGAGCAGAGCCCACUCCUACAGACUGGCCUAGGAUCAAUUCACACUCCCCAGUCCCGUCUUCACUUGGGAACAGAGUCAUAGCUGGCCUCAGAACAGUGAUUAGAGCCCACUUUAUCCUCAUCUGGACUGAGUUUUGUAAUCAAAUACAUUGUUCAUUCAGCUGAGCUUGCUUGCUAUUUGCUGUAGCCCUUUCUCAUCCUCCGCUCCUCUUGAUGCCAACCCCAUUGUGUCAGUUCAGUGGCUCAUAAGAAACACCAAGGGAAAGAAUUGGACUCCGAUCCAUUCCCACUCUAAUUUCCCACAGUUUUCCAGCCCAUUCCUGCAGAUAUUAACGUGACUUUUGUUUGUUUGUUUUUUUUAAUGUCUUUUGCCUUAUGCUGAACUAUUUUGUCUCUCUGUAUCUCAACAUGCUGCUUAACGCUCAUGCAGUUUUCUGUGUUGUGUGCUAAACAUUUAGUGUCAUACAGUUGCUUACGCUGAGGAUCAAAAGUUGUCCCCCGAUCAACUUCCUCCUCUGGAGCUUACUUACUUGAAUUAUGCCACUUUGCAGUUAAAUUCCUCUAGUAUUUCAGUGGAUCAGGUAAGGGGACUGACGAUGGAAGAUAACGGCCGGUCUCAGUUUCGCUUUGAGAGCGCAAAAUCAAUUCAGUGUGAGAUGGAAAUUGCUCACUUUCAGCAGUCCUCCCCUCUACCCCGUCCUCAACUCCAUACUGAACUCUGUACAGAACAUUGCAACUUAACCGAUUGAUGUUUUCCCUCCCGUCUACUCCAGUACACCGCACAAGUUCUUGAUAUCGAUAUAUAUCUUUCUUGAUUUGACAUAUAACCAUAAUCGGUCCCACGUCGUGAUUGAAGAGCACAGCAAUGUUCCAGUGUACCUGAACUCUCGGCGAUUCCACUGAUUUUGUACAUAUGCAGUCAUAUCAUUGGAGUCCUAUACAGUACCGUUACAUACGCCUGAGCACAAGAUAUAACGUGGGGUUGGACGUGAUGUAGUUCUUAUUGUCGAGAAAAAAAAAAGCCUUAUUGUUACCGUUCACUUUGUCAUAUUUAUUUGAUAUGAUUUUUUAAGAUAUUUAUUAUUCUAUUUUGUUACUUUUUAACUUUUGUUUUUAAUUUAUUUAUUUAUUUGAGAUAUCUAGCAAAUAUAACCAAUAAGAUGUUGUUUACUUGUUUCUUUGGCAAGCCAAUGUUAUUAUAUGAUAUUGUCUAGGGUUUUUUUUUGGUUUUGUUUUGUUUCUGUUUUGUUUCAUUGGUCAGUUUUGGUGCUUUUUUUAUUUGCUUUAGUAAACGAUAUGCACUCUGUGAGGGUGCUAUUUGAUACUGAUUACUGAUGUCCGACUAGUUAGCUAGAUAUGUAUAUUAGAUCCAGACCUAGUUAAAGUUUACAGUGAUGCCCUCUACCCCUCCCACCCUCCACCCCACCAUAGCAACAACAGUGGUACAAUCAUAGCAACAGUGCUAUGAUCCCCUCCACAAUUAUAGGUUUUAGGGCAUCAGGGAAAGUAGAUAUAUAGAGCAGAGUAGUUGGUGAAAAACUAUGGCAAGCUGUGCACAGUAAUAUUUAGUUUGCUGCAACAAGGAGAGCACAAGGUAGCAAGUGUAUUUUUGACAGAGAAAGGGUGAGAAUCGCCCGGCUACACACUCGACCCUCGAAGUUAUUGUUUAAAUCUGAAAUUAUUCUGAUAUGAAAUUUAUGUGUGGUCCAAAAGUCUUGACGAUGUGUGACAUAUAUGAAAUAUGUUAUUCCUUCUGAUGAUUUUUUGUGUCAAGAGAAAUAUAAGGCACACAUAUGAAAUCUAUUGAGGGUCCUGCUCAGAUGACGCCAUCGCCCUCACCUAUGUACCUGUUCUUUCCUUUCAAACCAUGGAUGUAGAUAUUGUAUCUUGACUUUGUAUUAAAAGCAGGAUGAUUGGAUAUACAGCACAAUGA